UGAGAACCCUCUCCCAAGGGGGACCCGGCGUUGACCGGUGUCGACGCGUCUCGUCUUCUUCCAUGAUUUCCCAGAUUCAUAUCCUUCCCAACAGAAGCGUCUGGUAGAGGUUUCUUUGAAGGAGACUUGGCAAAAAAUUCCAUCAUACAGUAAUUACUCCCCAACCGGACUCUCAGAGCAGGAAACCUCGCUGAGACGCCUACACGCACAAACGGCCAUGUCUUGCACCAAAAAGGACGAAGAAGUCGCCGAGAUGCGCAUCGAAGCGUAUCCGAGGAUGGAGCAGCGGAUUGGAAACCCGACUCCUCUGGCCAUGGGUGGUUUUGCCACAACGUUGCUCACACUUUCGCUGGCUAUGAUGGGAUUCCGAGGCGUCUCGGUCCAGACAAUCUUCGUUGGAGACCUUUGUUUUGUUGCCUGCAUCGGCCUGCUGAUCUCGGCUCAGUGGGAGAUGGUCAAGGGCAAUACAUUUGGUUAUACCGUGCUCAGUGCUUUUGGAUUAUUCUACGGCGGAUACGGGGCGACCCUAAUCCCAGGGUUCGGAAUCAUCGAGGCUUACGGCGGGUUGACUCCCGAGUACUACAACGCCCUUGGGUUCUUCGUCUUGAUUUGGGCCGUCUUGAAUAUCUUCUUCAUCAUCGCCUCCCUCGCAUUCAAUUUCGUCUACAUACUCAUCUUCAUAACCCUCGAACUCUGCCUCAGCCUUGACGCAGCCUCGUAUUUCGCCCUUGCCGACGGGAAGCAGGGGACGAGCGUGGCCUUGUUGAAAGCAGCCGGGGUCUUUGGGUUCAUUUCCAGCCUGCUGGGGUAUUACUGUGUGGCUCAUUACCUGUGCCAGGAUGUAUUACCGUUCAAUGUACUGAUGGGCGAUACGUCUUCGUUCUUUCGGCGUCAGCGGGCAAAGAGAAUGUAGCGAGGAAGGAGACAGAGAGGCGGGAAGUGGCGAUAUUGGUUGGCGAUUACUUGAGGUGUUUUCGAUGUCGCCUACAGUUCCCAAAUCAAGGUACAGAACGAUGCCCAAGGUCUGUAGGUAGUGUUGUCGUUAGUCGUGCUAGCUAGUGACUAGCUUGGGAGGAGGUGGUUCUCAUUUGACAUUCCUCUUUGGGUAUAACCCGGUCCGCAGCGACUAGUGAAAGAUAUGGAGGUCUGGAUCGCCACUUGCUUAGCUCUUCCGAGUCCUGUAUCCGAC